AUGCAGCAAAUGCAGCAACUUCUCAAUCAACAAGCAGAGGCCCAACAUCAAUGGAAUGCACAAAUAUUAGAAACUAUUAACCAAAAGCUCAUGCGCAUAGAUCAACCUAACAUCAAUAAUGACAACCAACCAGAAGCGAGUUCAAAUAAUAUACAGUCGGAAAACAAUCUACAGAGAAUCAUUAAUUCGAGUAAUAACAAUGGAGUAGCACAAGGUAAUUAUUCUCCAACACCCAUAAUAAAUAAUUUAAUACUGGCACCAGAUAUAGAGGACCAGAGCAACAAACCAGCGGACAACCCCGAGACGAUAGCAUAUAAAGUAACAAGCAGAAAGUUCCUAUCAUUUGUGUAUAUUCAAGAACAAUACACAUGCAGUUCAAGAGUUUCUUAA